UGGCUUUUGUUAAAGACCAAAAACUUAGUUAUGAACCUUUCAAAUGUGAAGUUUUAUUCUGUAAAUUGAACUUAUAAUGUUCCUGCCCACAUGGCGUCGCAAAUGGCUAAAUCGCAUUCUCAACUUUUUCUUUGCGAUGAAUGACUAUCUGUUGAGAACAGGCCCUAAGCUUUGAGGCAAAAUCUGUAUCCAACAAUGCCGUUGGAUCGGGUCGGAGUCAGGAUGGGUCCGCUCAAGUUGCACCGUAUCUAAUUGGAGUCACAGUCCGUUUCAAAUUCCUCCAUUUGGAGCAGAGAGUAAAAAUCGCAAGGGCUUCCAAGCUUUGCCGCCAAAUUUCCCCUGCAAGAGUCAAAUAGCAGCUAAUCAGCUAGUUUCUGAAUCGUUCUUCAAAUCUGUUGCAAUUGCUAAUUCUAUAUGGCGUCAUCCAUCCCUGACGAUGACAAUGACGAUCCUUUCGAUUGGGAGGCAGCCGUUAAAGAGAUAGAUGUUGCUUGCCAAGGCGCAGCCACCUCGACUUCCCUCCCCGAGGAUUCUGCCCAUCCUGUCCGAGAAGGGACCGACGCAAUCCAUCAGAAAUCCAAAAAACCCGGGGGUGCCCGGCAAUCCACUCUAGAUAGGUUUGUGGGGAAGGUUGAUCGAAAGUUUGUUUUCGAGAAUCGAUCUAUUAGCCGUAGGGUUGAUGAGAACAUUGGCGUUGAUGAUACAGUCUGCGAUGUUAGCAUUGAUCUUGAGGCAGCUAAAACAUGGAUGUACCCAGUUAAUGUCCCUCUACGUGAUUACCAGCUCUCAAUUACUAAGACAUCUCUUUUUUCCAACACACUAGUAGCAUUACCAACAGGACUUGGGAAAACUCUCAUUGCUGCUGUUGUAAUGUAUAACUACUUCAGAUGGUUUCCCGAAGGAAAAAUAGUUUUUACUGCUCCGUCACGACCUCUAGUCUUGCAACAAAUUGAAGCAUGCCACAAUAUUGUGGGAAUACCUCAAGAAUGGACAAUUGACAUGACAGGUCUGAUGAGCCCUUCAAGAAGAUCAUGUUUUUGGAAAACUAAGCGAGUUUUCUUUGUUACACCGCAAGUGCUUGAAAAGGACAUUCAAUCUGGUACAUGUUUGGUGAAACAUCUUGUGUGCUUGGUGAUUGAUGAAGCUCAUCGGGCACUUGGGAACUAUUCAUAUUGUGUAGCAGUUCGUGAGUUGCUUUCUGUACCAGUGCAGUUGAGGAUAUUGGCUUUAACAGCAACACCAGGGUCAAAGCAGCAGACAAUUCAGAAUGUUAUUGAUAACUUACAUAUUUCAACACUUGAAUAUCGGAAUGAAAGUGAUCAUGAUGUCAGCCCAUAUGUACACAACAGGAAACUGGAACUGAUAGAGGUUGCAAUGGGGAAAGAUACUAUUGAAAUAAAUAAUCUGCUUUUGGAAGCUAUACAGCCUUUCGUAACUAGACUUUGUGCAGUUGGCGUACUCCAUAAUAGGGAUUUUCAAACGUUGAGUCCAUGUGAAUUACUUAAUUCAAGGGAUAAAUUUCGUCAAGCACCUCCACCUGCUCUUCCUCAUACAAAAUAUGGAGAAGUAGAAGGAUAUUUUGGAGUUCUUAUAACACUUUACCACAUACGAAAGUUACUUUCAAGCCAUGGAAUAAGGCCAGCAUAUGAAAUGCUUGGAGAGAAGUUACAACAAGGGAAUUUUGCAAGACUUCUUGGCAGGAAUGAAGUUAUAUGGAAGGCGAAAAUGUUGAUGGAGCAAAGCUUGUCUCAUGGUGCACCAAACCCCAAAUUGUUGAAAAUGAUAGAAAUCUUGAUUGAUCAUUUCAAAUCUAAUAGCCCAAAAAGCUCAAGAGUGAUCAUUUUCUCAAAUUUCAGGGGAAGUGUCAGGGACAUAAUGGAAUCUCUAUCAAAGAUCGGAGAGUCAGUUAAAGCUACUGAAUUUAUUGGCCAAAGUUCAGGAAAAGCUUUAAAAGGACAGACUCAGAAAGUACAACAGGCUGUGUUACAGAAAUUUCGGAAUGGUGGAUACAAUGUCAUUGUUGCAACAUCAAUUGGCGAGGAAGGUCUUGAUAUCAUGGAAGUUGAUCUUGUCAUAUGUUUUGAUGCCAAUAUCUCACCCUUGAGAAUGAUACAGCGCAUGGGAAGAACAGGAAGAAAGCAUGAUGGAAGAGUUGUAGUUUUAGCUUGUGAAGGGUCAGAGUUGAAGGGAUACCUACGAAAGCAAGCUAAUAGCAAGGCUGUAAGAAAACACAUGCGUAAUGGGGGGAUGCAUAGUUUUGACUUUCAUUCUAGUCCUAGGAUGAUUCCACAUAUCUGCAAACCAGAAGUUCAGUUUGUUGAGUUGUCAAUUGAACAAUUUGUUCCUCGUGGAAGGAGAAUGAAAGAUGAUGAACCUAGGCACCAACCCACAUUCAUGGACAAGUUGUCAGAUGCAGAGACUGAAUUAAUUGCCAAAUAUUUUCAUGCUUCUAGAGAAGAUACAUGGAAACCAUCUCUUAUUGCGUUUCCCAACUUCCAAGCAUUUCCUUCCAGGGUGCAUAACGUAAUGCAUUCAUGCAGGACGGAAAUGCUCAUUGAUACCAUGCAGCGUCUGCAAGGACUAUUAUUUUCCAAAGAUAUGAGUGAGACCUCUUCAAGUAAGUGCUUGGAAGCUGAAACUGUUGGAGAAGAUGAUAGAAGUAAAAGUGAUUUAUAUGGUACCCAUGCCUCCCAGAAAGGGUAUUCACAGAGAAAAUCAACAGAGUUUGAAUCAUCACCUACAGGCAUCUCAAGAAAUAAUAAGGAGAAUCUUAUGCCAGACCGAAGCCAGAAACCUCCCAUGCAUUGCUUUCUUUUUGGUGCAGAUUUUGUAUCUGUGGAUGCCUGUGGGAGGGUUUCCAUUGUAUGUGUCCCUACCCUUCCUUUUAUGCGAGAAACUUCACCUUAUCGGAAUGCUCCAUCAGACAGUAGAGAGCUAUUGAAAUGUAUGAAGCAAGAUUCUUGUUCUUUAAGGAAAUCAAACGAAGAUUACAAUGGGAUAAAUGUGAAGUAUAAUGCAGAAUUAUCAAAUUCUCCUAGAACAAAACUUAGAAGCGAGAAUUCUAUAUUAAAUUCUACUUUUUGCAAUCUUGCUGCCCAUGAAGAGCACUCAAUACAUGGAACUGAGAGAACCAUUCUCCAGACUCCAAUUUCAUGUAGAAAUAAAAAAAGUUCAGACAACACCACUAUUGUAGGAUGUGCUAAUACAAGAACGAAUGCACAAACUUUGCUGGCUAAAGAGUCUAACAGUGAUUUCAGAGAUGUGGAGCUCAGCCCUAGGCUAACUAAUUUGAUGGAGAGAGGCAUUGUUCCGGAGUCCCCUAUUGGUGAAUUUAGUCAUUGUUCUAAUCAAAAGGAUUAUGUGCUUCAUAUAGAUUUUAAGUCUGAUAAUGAGAAAUGUGAACCAAGACCUGGCCGUCUUAUGGAUAUAGAAGAAAGUAAAGUGCCCAUCAAUGAGACAUUUCAUUCUGUGUUUAACUCUGAGGGUAGGAGUAAGGUUCUUUAUCCAGCACAGAUUUCACCUGCAAAAAUGUCUACUAGUCAGUCAUCAAAGAGAUUUUUGGAGAAGAAUGUAAAUACCAAUGUCAGCAAUAUAGAGAGUGCAAUGGCUUGUUUCCCUGCUUCUCCCAUGGAUGAGGAAAUUCACACUCCAUGUAUCAAGACGAGCAGUGGUGUUAAUGCAAAAGAACGCAUCUCUCAUUCCCCAGUCAAUGUUUCACCUGCUAAAUUAUGUACUAUCUUGUCACCAAAGAGAUUAUGUUUGCAGAAGAUUGAAGAAGUUAAGAUGAACAACAUUGGCAGUGCAACUGACCAUGUCCCUAAUUCUCCCAUUGAUGAAGAAACUCAUACUCCAUUGAUAGAGAUGAAUAAUAAUGUCAAUGGAAGGGAAUGCAUCUCUAGUUCUCCACUCAUUGAGGAAACUCACACUCCGUUAGUCAAUCUAACAAACAGCUGUAGUAAAGACUGGCGCAUGAGUUCUGGGGAGACAUCAAAAACAGUUCAGCAGAAUCACAAGUUUAAAAGAUUGCGCAAGUAUGGGGAUUGUGAAAAAAGAACUACAAGGAUAAUGAAGGAGAAUUUAUGCGGUCCUAUAGCAAACCUUGACAGAUCCUUUUCCAAUGAAACAUGCAUCAGGGUAAAGGGUACCAGAGGUAAGCAGAAGGAGCCUGUAAUCCAUGUCAAAGACUUUAUUGAAGAGGAAGCUGAGGUAUCUUCAGAGGCAGAAGUAUCUGAUGAUGAGGAAGAUGACCGGGAGAACAGCUCUUAUGGUGAUAGUUUCAUAGAUGACAGAUUAAAUCCUACUGCAGGAAGUACUCAAGCAGAACCUAGUGCAAGUGCCAUGAUGGCAAUUUACAGGCGUUCUUUGCUUAGCCAGUCACCAGCAGAGGAUCAACCAAACUUUUUGACUGACUUAAGCCCCCCCAGAAGAACAGCUGAAUCUAAAAAUUCUUCAGGAAAGAUAAGUUGUUCUAUUCAGACACCUCAAACUGUCCUACAUUCUUCAAAUAAAUCUUCUGGGAGGAAUUCAAUUUCGUGUCAGAUGGGUCAGGGUACCAUCUCUCUACUAGCAUUGCCUGCCGAACCCAAUGGCUUCCUGAGAGAAGAAAGCAAAUUAGAGAGUAGAAAAAGGAAGCUAAGCUUUCAUCAUAUUGGAUCUAUUCCUGCAACUUGCUUGGUGCAAGAAUGUUCACUUCAGCUUGGCUCUAUGGGAGAGGAAUCCUUUCAGUGUCAAGCUGAGAACAGUGAAGUGAACAGGGAUGAAUUUUAUGACGAUCAAUUUUAUGAGGGUCUUGAUCUUGAUGCAGUAGAGGCACAAGCUACCAAGCUUCUUAGGAACAAGACUGAAUUGGCAAGAGAGCAAAACGAAACAGUUGUUCCAAAUCCUUCCGCAGAGGGAAAUCUUGGGCUUUUGAAUUCUCCGUCAUUUGAUCUUGGGAUAUGAUGAAUGGAUUAUUGGAUAUCCUAGAAAUGGUUUGGAGAAUUUCUAUUAUAACCCUUAAAAGGUUUGGCACCACGUGGUACUGCUCAAACGAAUCUAACAAAGUAACAAUGUGAGCUUCCAUUGACAGCAUUUAGCUGGCAUUAGAUUAAUUGCCAAGUUGUAUUUUGGGUUAAUCAACACUUUUAGAGGUAGACUUGCGUCUGAAGCCCAUUCAUUAUAAGCUUCUCAGAGGUGCAGAGUUAGAUCUAUCUCUUGUAGAUUGUGAGUGCAUCCAGGUUAACAAGAAAAAUAUAUUUAUCUUUGCAUAUACCCACUACGCUGGGGAUUGUAUAUGUAAGUUAUAAGAUUAUUUUGUACAAGGAUGAUAGAGCUUGCUGAAUGCAAGAAUGUAAAUUGCAAUUGUACAGAAAUUUUGAUAAGGUAAUGUUGUGUACUUAGUGUACUGAUACGGUUAUAACAUUAGAAAAUGGGCUUUUCCUUU